AUGGUUCGAAUCCUGGAACAAGCGCCUGGAUUAGCCCGAGUUCACAUUUUGAACUUUCAAACGACCGAUCAGGGCUCAGAAGCCAGGUUGAAUUUCUUCUUUUACAAAAAAGACACCGAAGAGGCCGAGGAAAAAUCGUCACUGACCCUUUCCGAGGCUUUGACACGCUGGUUCGAGCUUGAAUGGGUGAAAGAAAAUUACGAAGCAGCGAGCAAAUUUGGCACUCCCAAAGUUAUGGCAGUUGAGGACUUAAAAGCGGAAGAAAUUGUCAAGGAAGCGAUCAAGGAGGCGCAGGAAAAAGCAGCCGAUUCCUCAAGUUCUUCAAGCAGCGACGACUCAAAAUCAUGUUGUGAAGACCAAGCUGCUCAGGAACCUGAAGAAAAUACCGAGCCCGUUCCCGAGCAAAAGUCUGAACCCGAGCAAGCAAUCGUCGCUGAACCAACACAAACCUCUGAGCCCGAGCCUGUGCCAGCCGAACCAGAACCAAAACAGCAAGAAGAAGCCGAACCAGAGCAAGAAACACAAGAAACUCAAGAACAAGAAGCCGUCAAAUGCGAUUCAAAAUCAUCAUCAAACUCUUCGUUGUCUUCAAAUUCCUCCGGGAGCUCUAAAAAAUCCCAGAAACUAUCAUUUCUAAAAAGAGAUUGGCUAGCUUGCUGUGGAACCAAGGAACCAGCGGCGCCAGUUCAAGAAAAAGCAGUAGAAGAGAAAAUUGAAGAAAAUGUCGAAGAAUCCCCAGAAAUAGAGCCAAAGAAACCGUCUUUUUUCCAGAAAGAUUGGUUCGCCUGCUGCAGCGGUGAGAAAAAAGAAGAUCUAGAAGGAAACAAGCAACCAGAAGAAAAUGGAAAGCCCGAAGUUUUGCAAAAACUCGACGAAGCAGUCGAAGAUCUUCAAAAGACCCAAGAACCAGAAGCAGCCCAAGAGCAGGAAAAAUCAGAAGAAAUGGUAAAAACUGAAGAACCAGAGAAACAAGAGCCCGAACAAGAGCCAGAACCAGAACAAGAAACGAAAGAUAUAGAAGUUGCUGAAAAUGCCCCAGAAAAAGAACAACCCAAAAAAGAGUCGACCUUUGGCUGUUGCGAGCUCAGAAAACUCAUCCGAAAAACAGAGCAAAAAUCAGAAGAACCGAAAGCCAAAGAACCAGAAGGACCAGAACCAGCUGCACCGGAAAAAGAAGAAAGCAAAACAAAAAUGACCUGCUGCGGACUCCGCCAAAAAUCAAGCCCCGCUACUGACAAGCGAGAACAAUCAGAAGACCCGGUAGAACAGAAAGAAUCGCUCAUCGAAGUUCCCAAACUCGAACCAAUCAAAGAAGAAUCAAGAACCGGAUCGGAGCAGCUAAAAACCGACAUCGCAUCUGAGCAAGUUCAAAAAUCUCAAACCACCAAAUAA